CCGAGCCGGCUUGUGUCUGUUCCCACCCGCUAAUUCUGUCUGCCUUCGCCGGCCCUGACGCUUCUGCCCCGUUAGCCUGGACGCCGGGCCGCCUCCUGAGGCCCACUUUAAGGGGCAGCCCGCGAGCCUGGAGGGCGGGGGGCUCGGCUUACUCGGGAUCCGUGGCGGGCACGGACUUUGCCAUGAACUCCCCUGGAGGAAGGAGGCACGAAACCACAGGAUCCAGGGGUAGAAGGGCUCACAGACCCCGGGGACAGGACCAAGAUGUGCAGCUGUCCAAGGCUCUCUCCUACGUGCUGCGACACGGGGCCCUGAAGCUGGGGCUUCCCAUGAGGGCUGAUGGCUUCGUGCCCCUGGGUACCCUGCUGCAGCUGCCCCAGUUCCAUGGCUUCUCGGCUGAAGAUGUGCAGCGAGUCGUGGACACCAACGAGAAGCAGCGGUUUGCCCUGCAGCCAGGGGACCCCGGCACAGGCCCUCUCAUCCGGGCCAAUCAGGGUCACUCCCUGCAGGUACCAGAGUUGGAGCUGAUGCCCCUGGAGACCCCACAGGCCCUGCCCCUGAGGCUCAUCCAUGGCACAUUCUGGCAGCACUGGCCAUCCAUCCUGCUCAAGGGCCUAUCCUGCCGGGGAAGGACACAUAUCCACCUGGCUCCAGGACUGCCUGGAGACCCUGGUGUCAUCAGUGGCAUGCGGCCAAAUUGUGAAGUGGCCGUGUUCAUUGACGGGCCCCGGGCCUUGGCAGAUGGAAUCCCCUUUUUCCGCUCUGCCAAUGGAGUGAUCCUCACCCCGGGGAAUGCUGAUGGCUUCCUGCUUCCCAAGUACUUCAAGGAGGCCCUGCAGCUUCGCCCUACCCGAAAGUCCCUUUCCUUGGCUGGUAAUGAAGAGACAGAGUGUCAGAGUGGCCCCAAGCACAGCUCCAGAGGAAGCAGGAUGACCCAACAAUAAAAUAUUUAUUUUUUAAAAAA